AUGGACCCUGGCGCCACGCCAGUCGCGGUCGGUGGUACGAUGUUGUAUAAUGCGCAAAGAGGCAUAGUCGGAAUUGUCAUUGACGUGUUCACAAGAUGUGUUGUCACACGUGUACCAUUCAACGAUGAUAACGACCAAGUUACGACUAACCGUGUUUUGUCAUCGACGCCCUUCCCUGGCUCGCAGGCUUCCUUGCUUCGAUCCCCGAGCCAGCCGAAUUUAGACUUUUGGAUAGGAACCACAAACGCCAAGAGCACAACGUCCAUCUCGCUGCAGUGCUAA